AUGGUGGACAGGACAUGGAAGACAUCGGGUACAUUGAAGCUGCAGUUUGCACCGAGAUUGGAGUUUGCAUUGCUGAUUUUAGUUUCCGAACCUAUAUUUAUCGAUAGAGACCCGAAGUACUUUGGUUUGUUGUUGGAAUUCUUGGCAACGGGUAAUGUUGAUCUUCCUCGAUCAGAUAUCGAAUUGGCUGCUAUCAUACAGGAGGCUGAGUUCUAUCAAGUUGAUGAGCUGAUAGCUAAAAUUAUACGUGAGGAUCGUCGUUGUUUUGGUGAAGGACCUCCUUUCUUCCCGAAGGAUAGGGUAGUAUGGAAAACACGCAAUUUCUGGCGUUUGCUUUCUCAAAAUGGUUGGAAUUUUGAUGGUUCUCGCAAAGAUGUUCCCUUGUGUUUCACUUAUUUCACUCUAUUUUCCCGGAAUGAGACAUGCUAUAUGUGUGGUGUCGAAACUAAAGAUUUAAACGGACUCUACAAAUCAUUGUUUGAUUUUUCGCGUGAUUUCAGCUAUACUACUGGUGAGAUCGAAAAGAUUUAUGGUGAUUGUUGUUGUUGCGACGUACGAUUUGGAAAAUCGUCUUUCAUCUUUCAUGUGCCGACGAAAAUGCUUCGUUUGGCUGAUUGA